GAGCGGAUGAUUCUUUACUUUAUGAUCCACUUGAUCAACCUUCACAACUUCUAAUACGAAGAGAUUCAAUUUCUUCACACUCUUCCCUAACUUCUUUACCUUCUCAAUGGUCAAUUAAUGGGCCUAUGGAUUCAUUUAUUGCGUGA